AUCAGGUGAGCACAGAUCCAGUUACACUUUCCCCCAGGCAUCAGUUUGUAGAAGAGGUUCUGCAGCAGCUACUGAGUGCAGCUGACCCCCUGCAAGGCCCCAGAAUGAGCCUGAAAGGGGUGUCACUGCCAAGUACCCCCGUUGUUACCUGGGGAAACUGCAAUCCUCCUAAAAGAAGAUGCCCCAUUACUCCCCUGUACCUUCCAGCCUUGCCUUCAGUAGCAGUGUCACAUACAGCAAGUAUGUUCCCCCCUCGCCUAAACCCCCUGCAUCCUCCAGGAGUCAAGAGGAGGACGGUGAGCCUGGAGACCAUGGCUGCUCAUCAUCAUAAUCAGCAGAGGGUUAUGAACAUGCAGCAAAAAGAAUACAGCAGGUUCCACCAGGGUUGGAGGCGACCGUUCUAUGGCACAAUAACAGAAAGAGAGGAAUACAGGAGAGAAAUUAGACAACUCCUUAAGAAGCAAAUGACUGAAAAAUGGGCCACGAAAAGGGAGGGACUGUCCAGCCAAAAUAAGGAACUAGAGAUCCUAAUGGAAGCAGAUAGGGCUGCUGUGAUUCAAGACCUAGAGCAAGAAAAAGCCAAGUCCCUGUUCCUGAGGCGAUACAGAGAUGAGAAUAAGAGGCUUAUGGAGAGCAAGUGGCAAGAAAAUCGCUUGACCCGAUCCAUGGAGACACUGAAGGAGAGAGAACUGCUGCAGUACAACCCAAUCAACUGGAGUGGAACACUGAAAUAAAUACAGCUGGACGCA